AUGCCAUUGCCAUUUACACUUCAUUAUGGAAAAGUAGGGAAAAUCUUACUAGAGAUACCAGUGAUAAACAUUGCAAGUUCACCACUAAAAAUAGAGAUAAAAGACAUCUUUAUUUUUGUAAAGCCAAAGCACUUCAAUAUGUGGAAUGAAAAAGUUGAAAUUGAAGCAUUCGUAACCAAGACUUUGCAAUUUCUUGACAAGUAUGAGGCCUAUCUUAGUGAGUCCACUUAAUUAGAGUAAAGUAAUCCUGGAAUGAUGGCGAAUUUGAUUCAGAAUAUAAUUAACAACAUUCAAUUGAAAGUUUCUAAUGUCUAUAUCAGAGUUGAGGAAGAAUUAUCUAUACCUGAGUAGCCUUUUUCUUUAGGAAUAAUAAUCGGCUCAAUCCAAGCUCGUACUAUGAAUGAUAACUGGCAAGAAGAUUUCGUAACUGGUAGAGAUAUCACUAAUAAAUAAGUCACCAUAAAAGAUUUUGCUGUGUACUAAAAUUUCUCCAAUGACCAUAAAGAAGUGUUUUUUGAAUACAUUACUAAGGAUUGGGAUGAGCCUGAUCAAGACAAGAAGUACUUGAGGUUCUUGAAAUAGGAGUGCAAUUUUGAGAAUCCCAGAAAUAAUUACAUUAUCAACAGAUUUCAACUAUAAGUGAGAGCUGCAUUGAACAACAAUGUUCUUAAUAUGAAACCUUAAUUUUGGAUAAAUAUGGCAUUAGGUGGUUAAUUCAAAGAUGCUUAACAUGAAGUCACCACUGAGGAAGGUCAGUUCUUUUAUUUCUCAGCAUAAUAGCAGCAGAUAACCUCGCUUCUAAAGCUAUUAGAAUAUAUAGGAAAUUACGGUAAAUUCUAGGCAGGAGUCAUUGCAUAGUUUUAUAAAAGAGAAAUGUCUCAAUAAGAAGAAAAUAUUUACAUGGAGACAUAUCUGCUCUAUAAAGAAAAUAUAAGAGGCAAUCAAAAUCCUGAACUCGCUUAGCAAUAUCUUGAUGAGAUUAGGAAUAAUUAUGAAAAAUAAUUUACCUACGAGAAGUUAAUACUGCUUAGAACCAUCGCCACCAAAAAAUUUGAGUUUGAGCAAUUGAAAAAUUAAGAAGUUACCAAGAUUGAAGAUAAGGUAAAGGAGUAUGAAUACUCAAAGUAGGGCUAUUUCAAUUCUGUCAAGGGAUGGUUUGGAUAUGGUAAGCCACAAGAAGAGAUUGAGGAGGAGAAAAAGCAAAUAGAGGAGUUUAGAGACAAACUGGUGAGAGAGACUGAAAACACUCUUCAUGCAUAAGAAGAAUAAUUAGAGCAAGAAAUCAACAUUAUGAAGUAAUAAAAGAAUGCAUAGUUAGAAGAAAAAACAGCCCUUGAGAAGGCAUAUGCGAUUAAUCCAGACUAUGUCUAGUUUGAUGUAAUGAUUAAUAUUCCCAGAAUGUAAUUCGUUCUCAAAAAAGAGGAUAAUGAGCAGCUAAUUGAGAUUUAAAUUGAGAAAAUGAAAUCGUAUAAUUAGAAAGGAAUAGACUUUUUGGAUGCCUAAUUCUCUUUGCAUAUUUUCAAGAUUAUUGAUCAUAUUUCUGGGUCCAAGAUCUAUCCUAAUUUAGUAGAAACUUAUCUACCAAUGGCUGAGAAAGUUACUAAAAGAGCUUUCACUAAACAGCUGACCCUGCUUGGUCUUUAAACCUCUAUUACCAAGAGACUCGAUAACAAUGAUAAACUUGAUGAAAAGAAUGCUUUAAAUUUGAGAUUUAUCAAUAAUGCUAGAAAGAAUAAAAACUCUGCCUUAAAAUUGACUAUAAAGAGCGACGCUCAGUUGUAUAUAAUUGCAAACUUUAAAUGUAUCAAUGAAGUCUAAAAAAUGUUCGGGAAGGCAUUUGCAAAUUAAGCAGGAAUGGUGGAUUACUAUAAAAAUGUUGCGAGUGAACAAGUGUUUAAAUAUGUUUAUGAGGGAAGUGAAUUCAUGAUGACAACUUAAAAAGAGUUAGAAGAACAAUAAAAUAUGGUGCCAUAGCAUGCCUCAGCCAUUUUAGAUAUAUGCUUGAAUGCGCCAGUUCUCUUUAUACCAGAAGAUUAUGAUACUUUUUAAGAUAAAUAAGUUCUAGUCUUAGAUCUUGGCUAAGUUAUUAUUGAUAGCAAGAUAGUUGAAUUUAAUCCAAAGAAGAACUAUAAGCUAGAGGAAAACUUUAUGCUUUUGUAUGAUUCCUACAAUUUUAGUCUGAAGGAUUUCUAGAUUAUAGCUUAUGACAAUUUAAGUGACUAUCAAAACUAUAAAACCAUUAAGCAAACUAAAAUCAUUAAAGACACCACUCUAGUCAUCAAUUUCUACUAUUGCUUAGAAACCAAACACCCUAUUUUCCCUCUCUAUGAGAUAAACGUCAGACUCAAAUCAAUGAAUAUUAUCGCUAGUGACUAUAUAGCUCACUUCAUGCAAUCCUUACAAAUUGUAGUUAAUGAAAAGAUGGCAAUACCAGAAGAGCCUGAAGAAACCAAACAAGAGGAAUCAGAGUCUCCUGUGAAAAAGCAGUAGGAGUAAGAAAGCAAGAGAUUUAGCAAUAUAGAAAUUCUGGACUAAGAAGAGGAAAAAUUAGAUAAAGUAGAUAAACUUUAUCAAAAGGUUAGAGAGGUUGAGUAGAAUAUGAAAAAGAAGGAGUCUUAACUUUCAAUAGAUAGUUUUCCCACUAGGAAAUUGAAUUCAACAUUGAAUCGGUCACAUAAUACUUAAAACAGAUCUAGGUUCGGGAAUAAUAGUUUAAAUAUCAACGACGAUGAUGAUUUGCUGGAGUUCAAAAGCUGUCUCUCACAGAGCUAGAAUCUAGAGGAAGAAGAUAUGAACUCAGCAAGAUCUCUUCCACAAAAUGCUAGAAUUAGAAUGAUCAAGAAGAUGAAUGAGCAGACUCUGAGCACCAUCUAGGAAAAGAGAAAAACAGAGAGUGUCGCUAUAAAUGUCAUUCUUAACAUUGGUCUCCUUGACAUCUUAAUUCAAGAAGAGAUCGAUGCUAGUGACCCAAGAGUUAAACUUUCAGAGUCAAAUUAUAAAGACUAAAUUCAUCUGAGGAGUAGGUAUUUCCAGGAUAUUUUACGUAUUAGAAUGUGCGACUUGGUGUCAACCUUUUACCAAGAUUUAAAAGGCAUUCAAAGAGUAUCAGUAGUGCUGACAAGUUUCGACAUUCAGGACAUCAACAUGGAACUUGAAAGAUAAAAUGAACUAAAGCUUUACACAGUGAUACCUGAGUGCUAUUCUCACAUAAUGGGAAAUCCUUAAUUUUCUAUCAAGCAAAUGGAGGAUGAAGAUAUGAUGUGGUCUGACGAGGAUGAGUAGAAGAAAAAAUUCAAUGCUAUUCACUAAGUCAUUGAAUCAAACAGAAAUUCAAAGCAGCAGAAGUCCAGACAAGCUAAGAAUUUCUCUGUUAAAUCGCUCGAUUUUAGAUCUUGCUACUCUGGAGCUUCUUUGACAUCAGGGGCUGCAAGUUUGAAUAUCAAAGAAAUUGAAAGAGUGAGUCAAGUCUAUAUUAGAGCGAUCAUAGAUCCAGACCCCAAAUAAACCAAGAAAGAGGUUGAUUUUGUCUUCUCAGAUCUUAGGAUGAUAGUAUCACUACCGACCUUUGAAAAGCUAUUCCAUUUUUCAAAGAAAUUCAAUCCGCCACCAAGCGAAGAGGAGAGAUAAUCGAUGCUCUUUGAAGAACAGCAAAAGCGAUUCUUGAGAGAAAGCAUUGAGAGGAAUACAUAGGCAAGCAACUCUGCAGAUAAGCUCGGUGCUUCAAUUCUCAGACAUAGCAUUUCAAAGACAAGAAUAAGUGAUUACCAAAGAAAGAUCCAGGAGAUAAAGAUUGAGAAAAGUGGGUAACAGGGUUACUUUAUUUUGACUAAUGAAAGAAAAACUAAACUUAAGUUGAAUGGUAGAUUCAAGAAUCUUCAACUAUGGAUUCCAUUAGAUGCAGCUGAUAGUCAUUCUAGAGUUUUUCAGUUCUCCUUGAUGAGCUAAGUCAAUUACAGAAAAGAUUCAAUAGAUUUGGAUUUUAUAAACUCAGUUACAAAUGAUGUCAUGAUAACAAAGCCCUAACUUUCAAGAGAAGACGGUAUUGUGACUCUAAAUCAACUGCAAAUCCAAAUGAUCAAUAGACACUUGCUUGAGGAUGACAAUGAUGAACCCUCAAUUGAGAAACUACUCGAACCCAGUAGAGUGACUAUCAGUUAUGAAAACCUUAUCAAGGACAGUGGAUUGAAUACUUAUAUGAGUUUAGAUAUGCUAGUUGAGCCUUUUGAGCUUAAAGUAGGUUUCAGAGAAGUGGAGUUCUUCAAGAAAUUAAACGAAAACGCUUCUAAAUUCCUUUCUGUAAUCAAUCAAUCUUCUGAUCAGCUUGAUCUAACCCUAGACACAGAAAUUGACAAUGUUGAAAAAGAGUUGACUAGGUUCAAAAACAGAGAGUAAAAGGAGCUUUCCAAGCAAAUUACAAAUCAAAAUAUUAAAUUCAGAUGCGAUACUUUCAGGUUUAGUCUGAUGGAUGACACUGGAAUGCAAGAAUAUCCAGUGAUAUUUAUGAAUCUAAGAAACCUAAAAUAUGAUUCAAAAGUUUAUGAGGACAUUGAUGAUGCUGCAGUGUUUAUACUUAAGAAAAUGGGACUAAUGAAGAAGAAAAAUAAUGAAGAGGAGCCUUACUUGAAUACGUAAGCUUCUGUAAAUAUGGAAGUUUAUUACUUCAACAUGAAGAUUCAAGCUUACGAGCCAGUUCUCGAGCCUUGGUAGAUAGAAUUUACUCAAUAUCAAGAAGAGAGAUAUAUUUCUUAGAAGACAAAAGUGACUUCAAACUAGAUGAUGAAUAUCAAUGUGACUUUCGCUCUAAUGCAAGCUCUUACCAAAAUUCAGCAAAGAAUGUCUCAGACAUCAGAUGAUUGGGAAGAUGAAAUAAGAAGCUCUUAAAUCUUUAGCAGAAAAACAACUAAUGCUGCAAACGAUGCUAAAAUUGUGUCUACAAAGCCAAAUCCAAAGGUGACUCUUGAGAGCUUUAUAACUGAAACAGAUGAAUAGAGUGGAUUCAUCUUUAUAAACAGGCUCAAUAUUGAUUGCAAAUUCUAUAUCGAGGGUUAAUUAGCUUUUGAUCUUAGAAAUUAAAUAAUUCAAGGUCUAUUUGGUGGUGCACCCAAGCAAAGUGAAGAUCUAACUAACUUUGAUCUUGAAGAGGCCUUAAGACUAAUUGAUGAAACUGAUCCCAAAGCUCAUUUUAAGAAAUUGGCAUUGUAUAGAAAAUUGAGUCUUAGAAAACGAACUUUGGAAAAGCAAAUUGAAAAAGUUACAGAACUGCAGAAAAAUGGUUAAAACAUGAGAAAGUUUAGAAAAGCUGAUGAGCUAUUCUAUUUAAUGAAGCAAAUUAAAAAUGGUUAAAAUAAUGAGAAAUAUGUUCCUGGCAUAGAAGAUCAAAUUCUGAGAAUUGAUCUGCAUAUUGACGGCUUAAGGAAAAUUAAGGCUAUUCCGAUAGAGCUAGGUGGAGUGUUUUCAUUCUUAAUUGAGAUGAAAUAAGAGCAAAAGGCUGCUAUAUCAGAGUUCUAAACUAUUAAGCCCAGCAUAUAAACAGUAAAUCAAACUCCAAUUGCUGUGAUAUGUAAGGUACAGUUUGAAAACCAAAACAAGAAAGAAGUUGAGUUCCAUUCAUCACUGAUGUUCUCAAACAAUACAGGGUACAGUAUUACAAUCUGUGGUCAUAAACCUGGUUCAAUGGCGAAACAAUCAAAGAAAGAUUCAUUUAUGGACUAGCUUCUAGAUGAAUCAUCUAUAAUUGAAAAGAAGAGGAAGAUAAUAGAGCCUAACAAAGUGUUUCAUGUCCCUUUAUCAUGGUUUAUCAAGAGAAAAUCAAUUUAUAUUUAGCAGAAGGGGAAAUUCUAACUACUUUACUCUGACAUUAGAGAGUGUUUUAAUCCUAUCUUGAGUAAUUAUAAUUACCUGAAACCUUAAAACUUUGAGGUCUUUGACCAAGCAUCAAUCGAUUACAGAUACAUCUCUUGCAACAUAUCUCAGUUUAAGUGUAAACCAACCACUCUGAAUGUUCCUGGUCAAUUCUUAGUCAGCUUUACUCCUCCAGUAUGUGUUUGCAACUAUUUAUUCAGUGAAUUAGCCUUGAACUCUAAUGUCCUUAAGAGCGAGUUAGCAGAGAUCGAGUCUGCAAACUACACUUAUGUGAGUUAACUUAAGUUUGAGGAAAAGCCUGAUAAGACUUUGGAAUGUGACAGCUAAAUUCAGUGGAGAUUCAAAGAUGCGGAUGGAUUCUAUUAUGAAACCCAAGACGUGCCCUUCUUUAAGAGUCAAAAAUAAAAUUAAAAGAAUCAAUUCUUGAAUCCUAUCAACUAACUUACAUUUUACAAGAAUACUGGUGGAUCUAAAAUUAUUGAAGAAUAAAAAGGCAUUAAAAUUGAGGAUGAAAGUGCUAGCUAUUCUAUUAUAAAUCUUGAAAUGACUAGCUUUAACUUGCUUGACAAUGAAUACGACAAUUUUCAGUUGAGAGAUAAGGUCUUUGAAAAGACUUCAGCAGUAACACUUUAUAUUUACCCAUAGGCAAUGGUUGUUAAUCAAACUAACACAGACAUCUAUUUGAAAACUUUGAUCAACAACAAUAAGAGCAAAGAUGUGCUUAUUUAAGGGUAAACCAAUGAGUUCUUUUACUCAUCUACUAAUAAGCUUCAAAUGAGAGCUCCAAAUUAUUAGUGGUCUAAGCAGUUCGAUAUUUCGACUCUAGGCCUGACUGGAUCGGUUGAAAUCUAUCAGGAGAAAGAUAUCAUAGAAGGUACCUAAAAUGUGCUGAACUAUGGUAUAAUCAUUGAAAAUGGAUUGAAUGAAUUUAGCAAGACUAAAAUUAUCAGAAUAGUCCCUCGUUACAUAAUUUUCAAUAAUCUAGACGAUCCUCUAAUUGUAAGGCAAAAAAAUUAAGAAGUUCAAAGCAUUAUCUUUCCAAAAGAUAGAAUGAUUUAUAAUUUCCAAAACAAGACUAAAGAUGCCUUUCUAAUGUUGAGAGACAUGCACAGAGAAACUGAAAGAAUUGAUACUAUAAGGUCUGAUUUUUCCUAAAAUCCUAAUGCUUGGAGUAGCCCAUUUUCGAUCGAAGACAUUGAGGAUUUCCAGGUAGAAAUUCAAUCUAACUAUCAUAAAACUCAGUAUCAACCUCCAACGAGUAACUUCCUGAUGCAAAAACUUAUGUCUACUUAGAAAAAGGUACCCUGGUAUAUGCCAAGCCAUUUGAACUUCGGCAAAAGAUUCCUUCGAGUCUCAGUCAAUACCUAGGAUGAUGCAACUAUAUUCAUCAUAGUCAGCAGGCCUAAAUUCCCAGAAUACUUUAUUCACAACAAUACUGAUGUUGAGAUAGAAUUUUGCUAGUUCAAAGUCAUUUAGUAAGCAUUAAAGUCACUAAUCAUAAUUAGGAAUGAGAAUAGAAAAUUGAAACCCGGCCAAAGAGUACCGUUUGUUUGGACAGACUAAACUUAGGCAAUUAAGAAGCUCACAAUUUUUAUUGAGGGAAAAAACCAAUCUUACUCAAUUGACAAAGUUAAAAAAUUCAAUAAGCAGUUCUCAACUCCUAAUGAUGAUUAUUAUGUCGAAGUCAUGACAUCAGGUGAUGUAAGAACAGUAGAGAUUAAGUCUAAAACAGUGAUGAAAAGACUAGCUAGUCUUUGGAUGGAGUAGCAAACUAAGAAGGACAAUAAUUAGGGUUAGAGUGAUUCGAUUUAAGAAGCAAAUACUAAAUAUGACCUUAAGAUUGAUCACAUCUAGAUAGAUAACAUUCUUAAUGAUGCAAUGCCUGUCUUCUUCUGUCCAACUAGAGAAUUGGUCAAGGAUGACGAUAAGCCAGAAGAUUAAGGACUGGAAUAAAAAGAUGAAUCCAGCUAUACUCCAUUCAUUCAGGUCAUGAUAACAUUUUCAGAGAUUUAGGACUAAGAUGUUUACAUCAAGAAAUAUAGAGGACUCUAAAUCUAAGUCUAAGAAAUGAAACUUGAACUAGAGACCGGAUUGGUUAAUGCUUUACUCAAAUUCUCAUAUCAAAUGCAGGCCGUUUAGUCUUAGAAGGCAUAAUUUGUGACAGGCUUUACACUUCAACAGCAUAAGCUUACCAGAAUUGAUAGUAAGAGGCAUGGAUCUCUAAUCUCCUAUGUAAAGACUAGAGAGGAAUUAUGUCCUAAUUUAAAUGCAGCUAUUCCAGAACCACCAAAUAUCGCUGUGAUUACAGCCAAGAAAACAUACUUUGAGUUUAUUAAUUUUGGAGCAAUAAAGAUGAAGAUUACAGUGAGAUUUGAAAGGAAAGCGUUUGAGCUUAAAAUUGAUGACCCAAGAUAAGGCUUUGGUCUUGGAAGUAUUUUCUAUACAUUAUUUACAUCAGUUGCUACUAUAUCAGAAUCUCCAUUGACAUUCAAAGAGUUAAUAUUAAUGCAUACAUUUACUUCACAGGAAAACUUGCAAUCAAUGGUGAUUAGGAACUACACAAGACAAGGAGUUCUCUAAUUUUAUAAAUUGAUUGGAAGUUCUGAUCUACUUGGAAAUCCAGUGGGACUUAUAGAUAAGCUUGGCACUGGAGUGUUUGAAUUCUUUAAUGAACCUAGGAAAGGGCUAGUCAAAGGACCUAAAGAGUUUGUUGGAGGAGUUGGAAAAGGUGUCAAAAGUUUGGUUACAAAUAUAGUAAGUGGUAGUUUCGAUUCAGUAAGCAAAAUUACUGGUUCACUUUAUGGAGUUGUCAAGAAUGUUAGUGGUGAUUAAGUGACUGAUUAGCAAUUGAAAAAACCUGAACAUGUUUUUGAUGGCAUUUAUCAAGGACUGAAAGGUGGUGGUGGCGAACUUUUAGGGGGCUUAACUGGUAUAUUCACAAAACCGUAUCAAAAGGCCAAGGAAGAAGGAGCCAAAGGCUUUGUCAAAGGUUUAGGAGCUGGAUUGCUUGGAGCUGUUGCUUCACCAUUCGCUGCUACUUUAAGAUUAGGUAACAAUGUAUCAACAGGUAUUAAGAAUUCAGCAAUCAGAUUGGGUAAAGGGAAGUUGCCAUCUUAUGGAAGAUUCAGACAUCCCAGAUACUUUAACUCUAAGAGCAUCUUAGAGCCAUAUGCUGAAGCUUUUGCAGAAGCUCAUCAAAUUUUGAGAACACUUAAUAAUGGCUAAUAUGCCUAGACAACGAUCAAGUUCUUUGCAGAUUUCACAGUAAGAAAAGGUAAAAAUUAUGUAGGAGGUAUUUUGAUCGUUACAGAUCAAUACCUUCUGUUUGUUGAGGACUUUAAGAAUCUUAAGUUUGUGAGUCCCCUUACUCAGAUCCUUAAAUGUGAGGUUUUCUAAGAAGAACUGAAUAAUACUAUUAAGCAAUCAAAGACUAAUAAGAAACAACAAUCUAAGCAGUCUAAAAGGGAGAAUUAGGUGAGGUAUAGGUAUUUGAUGAAUGUCGAGUCUCAAAAAAGAGGGGUUCUGAAAAUUGAAAAUGAGAACUAUCCCAUAAUCGAUAAAGUUUUCACUAUUUUAAACAAAUGA